CGCGUCUUGUUUUGAUGAAACGUGAAAAAGUGUUUUUUUCCGCUGCUAAAUAAUUAGAAUUUUCCUAAGAAUUACUUUAAUUCCAAGGCAGUAUAGCCAGUCACAGGGAUUCCCUAGACAGUGUAUUUUCAUGACAAAGUGAAAUUUACAUUUUCUUGCGGCUACAGCAGCUGCAAUAGUUUGAAAAAGAGAAAGUAGUUUUGACAGUUCUUUUGCUGCGUCAGGGGGAUCUUUUGAGCUCUCAUUGAGGCGCAAUUUCGACACGUUACUUAAAGGAGUUAGGCCAAAAUCAAUCAUUGAUCCUUUCACCAUGAGUUCCGGAAUGAACUCUUCCGGGAGCUCCUCUUCCGUCUCCAAUCCUCCGGCAAAUGUGCAGGAAUUUGUAAUUCGUGUGCCGAAGAAUCUGAAAAAGAAACACCAUGUGAUGCGUUUCAAUGCCACGCUAAAUGUAGACUUUGCGCAGUGGAAGAUGGUGAAGAUGGAGCGUGAGAACAAUGCAAAAGAUUACCGUGGAAUGGAGGAGGAUGUGCCAAAGUUUGGGGCAGGUUCUGAGUACAACAGAGACCUCAAGGAAGAGGUGAGACGCAAGAAAUUUGGGAUCAUUUCGAAAAAAUACAAACCUGAAGCGCAACCAUGGAUUCUGAAAGUGGACAAAUCCGGAAAGAAAUUUAAGGGAAUCCGGGAGGGUGGAGUUGGAGAGAAUGCAGCUUUCUAUGUCUUCACACAUGCCCCUGAUAAAGCUAUUGAGGCAUAUCCUCUGCAUGAAUGGUACAAUUUCCAGCCAAUUCAGCGGUAUAAGGCUCUGUCGGCUGAGGAAGCUGAGCAGGAAUUUGGUCGAAGGAAGAAGGUGAUGAAUUUCUUCUCAUUGAUGCUGCGAAAGAGGCUCAAGGGAGAUGAGGAUGAGGGGGAGGAUCCGGAGGAGAAGAAAGCAAAUCGGAAGAAGGGAAAGGAUUUGAAAAUUAGCGAUAUGGAUGAAUGGAUUGAAUCUUCAGAUGAUUCAGAUUCCGAUGAAGAGGACGAAGAGAAGAAGGAGAAGGAUGAGGACAGUGACAAGGAGAAAAAUGCCAAGAAGAAGGGCAAGAAGGAGGAACAGAUGAAGAAGAAAAAGAAGAAGAAGGAUUUGGAUGAUGAAGCCUUCGAGGAAUCUGACGAUGGCGAUGAAGAGGGCAGAGAACUUGACUACAUUUCAGACUCUUCAGACAGUGAUUCUGACCACGAGGGUAAGAUUGACAAGGAUAUGAAGGGUGUAGCUGAGGAAGAUGCCCUCAGGAAACUUUUGACAUCUGAUGAGGAAUCGGAGAAUGAUGAGAAGAAAUCCGGUGAGGAUUCAGGCAAGGAGGAGGAUGAGAAGAAGUCCAAGGAGAAGAGUGGAAAGGACAGUAAGGAGAACAAGAAGAAGAAACUUAAGAAACGCACAAAGGAUAGUAAGAAGGAAUCUUCAUCGGAAAGUAGUAGCGAUAGCAGUGAUUCGUCUGACGACGAAGCGACCAAGAAGUCAUCCAAGAAGUCUAAAGACAAAGAUCAAUCGGCUUCCAAUUCCUCAAAAUCUGCGUCUCGCAACGCCUCCCAGGGAGAAUCCAACAAGAGAAAGGCUUCUUCUCUGCCAUCUGACCUAUCCACACCGGAAAACAGUUGCAGCAGCCCUGUCAAUACGCCAGGGAAGAAAAUUAAACUGGACACUCCGUCUCUGCCUGCUUCAUUUGCGGGAGUUGUGGGUGGGUCAAAUAAGGAGGACUGUGGCAUCACAGAGGAAGAUGUCAGGAGGUAUUUGAUGCGCAAGCCAAUGACUACCAUUGAACUGCUCACAAAGUUCAAGAAUAAGAAAACCGGCGUAUCCAGCGAUCGCCUUGUGGAGACUAUGACGCAGAUCCUAAAGAAGAUCAAUCCUGUCAAGCAGACUAUCCAAGGAAAGAUGUAUCUCAGUAUAAAGGUCAAUAAGUAAUUCAGGACCUCAAAAACUCUUGUCUCUAAUAAAAAAAACAUCGUAAAUUUGUUGUGAUUUUUCUAUGACGAGAAGAAAUACACUAAAAAUUUAUUCUAAAAA